AUGGACGGCGUCAAGCGGUAUUACAGCUCCCUCGAAACCCGUCUCGGAAAUUGGAUCGUCUACGGCGGCCGUGCCCACCUAGGCUACUACUCCCCAGAUGUCUGGUGGCCAUUUCCGGUCCACCAGGCGCUUGUUGCGAUGGAAGAUCAAGUGUUUCGAUCACUGCAUUUGAGCCCGGGUGCCCGAGUUCUCGAUGCCGGUUGCGGAGACGGCCAGGUGGCGAUCCAUUUCGCGCAGAAGGGCCUGCAAGUACAUGCCAUCGAUGUUCUCCCAGAACACGUCCAACAAGCACAACAGAACGUCCUGGAGGCUAUUGGUAAAGUUGACUGGAACGCCAAGCACAAGUCAGACACAGUCACACCCUUGGAUGCAUUGACGGUCGAGCAAGGUGACUACCAUGAUCUUCAAACGGUGGGAAAGGGUUCCCUAGACGGCAUCUACACCAUAGAGACAUUAGUCCAUGCGACCGACUUGAACCGCGCCCUGUCAGAGUUUUACCGAACACUCAAACCCGGAGGCAGGAUCGCCCUAUACGAAUAUGACCACUGGAGUGGCGACGAUAUUCAGCAAACAAACCAAUCGGAAAAGGAGGCUAUGGACAAGGUUCGCUUGCAUGGCGCUAUCUCAAAGGCGGCAAAUGGACAAUUCGGGCCGUCACCCUCAGAGGACCGAAGCGAACAAGCUUGCCCACAGAAAGGCUUGGUUGGGAUGCUGAACAAGGCUGGCUUUGAGGAUGUUCAGGAGAGCGAUAUUUCGCAAAAUGUCAAACCAAUGAUUCGGUUUCUAGCUUAUUUCCUGUACAUCCCAUCCAUGAUUGUGUUAGCUUUGGGCUUGGAAGCUUAUUUCAUCAACACAGUCGCCAUCGUCGCCAACUAUCAGCGUGGGUGGAAGUAUAUUGCGGUGACGGCGCGGAAGCCUGCGACGGUAUCUGGUCAAUGA